GGACGAGCCGGCGGCGGCGAGAUAGUAGGGCUGCGGGGCCGUCAGCCUGCCUCUCUCUCACAGUCCGGCUGCCGCGCGUCGCCCGCACACGCGCCGCCAUGGGCUCCUGAGGUCCCUUCUGUGUGUCUGGCACUGUGCCAGGCCUACAGAGAGAUGACUCAGGUGUGGGGAGACGGGAACACUGUCAGAACAAACCUCAUGGAGCGAGCACGGUGCGGCUGGGCGGGAGUGAGUGGGCCGGCCCUCGGUGAGGCCGUGACGUUGAGGAUGACCUGCCAGCUCAUCGCUUACCCCGAGGGUUUCUCUCAGGAAGCCCCCUGCUGCCGGGCACCAUGACUGUGAGGGGGGCCGCACUGGCCCCAGAUCCAGCGUCGCCCACAACAGCAGCAGCCUCGCCCAGUGUCUCCGUGAUGCCCGAAGGCAGCCCCACGGCCAUGGAGCAGCCCGUGUUCCUGAUGACAACCGCCGCUCAGGCCAUCUCUGGCUUCUUCGUUUGGACGGCCCUGCUCAUCACCUGCCACCAGAUCUACAUGCACCUGCGCUGCUAUAGCUGCCCCAACGAGCAGCGCUACAUCGUCCGCAUCCUCUUCAUCGUGCCCAUCUACGCCUUCGACUCCUGGCUCAGCCUCCUCUUCUUCACCAACGACCAGUACUAUGUGUACUUUGGCACCGUGCGCGACUGCUACGAGGCCUUGGUCAUCUAUAAUUUCCUGAGCCUGUGCUAUGAAUACCUUGGGGGGGAAAGUUCCAUCAUGUCAGAGAUCAGAGGGAAGCCCAUCGAGUCCAGCUGUAUGUAUGGCACAUGCUGCCUCUGGGGAAAGACUUACUCCAUCGGAUUUCUGCGGUUCUGCAAGCAGGCCACCCUGCAGUUCUGUGUGGUGAAGCCGCUCAUGGCUGUCAGCACCGUGGUCCUCCAGGCCUUCGGCAAGUACCGAGACGGUGACUUUGACGUCACCAGUGGCUACCUCUACGUGACCAUCAUCUACAACAUCUCCGUCAGCCUGGCCCUCUACGCCCUCUUCCUCUUCUACUUUGCCACCCGGGAGCUGCUCAGCCCUUACAGCCCCGUCCUCAAGUUCUUCAUGGUCAAGUCUGUCAUCUUCCUCUCCUUCUGGCAAGGCAUGCUCCUGGCCAUCCUGGAGAAGUGCGGGGCCAUCCCCAAGAUCCACUCGGCCCGCGUGUCGGUGGGUGAGGGCACCGUGGCUGCUGGCUACCAGGACUUCAUCAUCUGUGUGGAGAUGUUCUUUGCAGCUCUGGCCCUGCGGCACGCCUUCACCUACAAGGUCUAUGCUGACAAGAGGCUGGACGCACAAGGCCGCUGCGCCCCCAUGAAGAGCAUCUCCAGCAGCCUCAAGGAGACCAUGAACCCGCACGACAUCGUGCAGGACGCCAUCCACAACUUCUCGCCCGCCUACCAGCAGUACACGCAGCAGUCCACCCUGGAGCCCGGGCCCCCCUGGCGCGGGGGCGCGCACGGCCUCUCGCGCUCCCACAGCCUCACUGGCGCCCGCGACCACGAGAAGACGCUCCUGCUCAGCUCUGACGACGAGUUCUAGGUGCGGCUGCUGGCGGGGAAGGGCUGGGGCCUUGGCCAGGGCAGGGCGUGCCCCUCCUCCAGCCUCACGUCCAGGCUGGGAGGCAGGCUGGCUCAGCUUCGGCAGUGCCCUUUAAUUUAUUGGACCAGAAACAUAUAUCGCUUCAAGAGGAACAGCCAGAUGCUGUCUGCCCAGAGGAUGGCCCAGGCUCACCCAGGAGCCUUCAGGAAUAUUUAUACAAGGCCGAGGCUCUACUGCCUGGACGACGGGCAGAGGACAGUGGGAGCGACUCCCAUGCCCCUGCGGCUCGUCCUUUGGCGGCAGCAUGUUGGGACCAGCCGUGCCCAGGCCCAGACGCUUGUGUUGUGGACCAGCGGCUGCAGCCUUCUCGGCCCCACCCCCACAAGACGUACAGCCCCUUCCCCAAACACCGUGCAAUACUCUGACCCGGGCUCUCCCUCCCGCCUGCUCCCUCCCCUGUCCCCUUGUCUGAUGCUAGAUUAGCCUCCCCCUGGGCAGGAGGAGGGAGGAGAACACGGAUGCUCUCUGUGGACCUUCCUCCUGACCCAGGCCUAACUGGCGCACUGCAGGGAUCAGAGCCAGACACCAAGAGCCACGGGUCCCACCUCAGAAGGGUGCUCAGGUGCAUCUGGGCUCCUGAGUGUCCUCUCUGUGCUGCACCUUCUGCCUGCCUCGUGCCCCUUCCUCCUGGCCUGCUGAAGACAGCCAGCCGCCCACACUGCCCUCCCACUUGCGGUCUUUCCUCUUGAGAGCAUUUUGGGUAGAGCCCUUGCUUCCCAGCUACUCAAAGGGUCAGGGGUUGCCACCCCUCCUUCCCAGGCUGAGCAGUCAGCACCUCUGCUGGAUCCUGGUCUCUCUCCCUGGGGCUGCUCCCUCCUGUUUCCUGGGGAGGGUCUGGUCUCCGCAUUUCAGACCAGCUUCCAGCUUCCGGAGGAGCACAGUCCUCCGGGAGGGAGGAGGGAGGGAUGGGGCAUGUGGCGGGGAGCCAGGAGAUGGGGGACUCCUCUCUCUGGCCCCGUAUCCAAACAGGACCUGGUGUCCUGCCUCGUCUGGCCCCAAGGCCCAUCUCUUCUGUGCCUUAGUCACAUAUGAAAGCUCCCCCUCACUAGGCCCUCAGCCUGUCCCAGACACUCCCUGGGGGCCCCCUGUUAAGCUGCUGGCGCUCAGAGGAUCCUGCAGUGCUGGGCCAAGUGCCCUUGGACAGGCCUCAGGGGUGGCCAGGACCACCAGUCCCCUCCCCCUCCCCCACCUCCAUGCCCA